CCGGUCCGGCUAUACCAUCUCCGCGAUAGCUGCGCCGCGUUGCACGUUGCUAGUUAGUUGCAAUGUUGUAGCUAUUAGCACGAUAGCCAUUCCUUUGCUGGGAGGAAGCCCCGCCGCUCGGUUUGACGGACCUCCGGUGUUACUCGUCACUCAUCUGUCGUCCACCCAGCAGCCCGCUGCUAACGAACGGAAACUACUCCCCCCCCCCCCCCCCCCCCCCCCCCGAGAUAGCAGCUAGCUUGUCUUGCCAUUCUCGUAGCCCAGUAGUCCCCCAGCUAGCUAGCUAGCUCGCUAGCUACCCGCUAGCGUCCUCACGUCUUCUCCCUCUGCGCGACUCCUCUGCUCCCCGGCGACUCGAGGGCCAUGGCGAUGCGACAGACUCCGCUCACCUGCUCCGGUCACACCCGGCCCGUGGUAGACCUGGCCUUCAGUGGGAUCACUCCCUACGGCUACUUCCUAAUCAGCGCCUGCAAAGAUGGCAAACCCAUGAUGCGCCAGGGAGACACAGGAGACUGGAUCGGAACGUUUCUGGGUCACAAAGGUGCCGUCUGGGGGGCCACUCUGAACACGGACGCCACCAAGGCAGCCACCGCCGCAGCGGACUUCACAGCAAAAGUGUGGGAUGCAGUGAGCGGAGACGAGGUCCUCACACUGGCACACAAACACAUCGUCAAGACGGUCACGUUUACUCAGGACAGCAACUGUCUACUGACCGGAGGAAACGACAAGCUGCUUCGCAUCUACGAUCUCAGCAGCCCUGAAGCAGCUCCUCAGGAGAUUGCCGGUCACACCUCCGCCAUAAAGAAAGCCUUGUGGUGCAACAACGACAAGCAAAUCCUCUCCGCUGCCGACGACAAAACCAUACGGCUGUGGGACCGGAGCUCCAUGGAGCAGGUGCAGAUGCUGACGUUCGACACGCCGGUGAGCAGCAUGGAGUACGUGCCUGACGGAGAGGUUCUGGUGAUCACGUAUGGAAGGACCGUGGCGUUCUACAACGCUCUGAGCCUGGACCUCAUCAAGUCGGUGGAGGCCCCGGCUCCCAUCAACUCGGCCUCCCUCCAUCCAGAGAAGGAGUUCUUCGUCGCCGGCGGGGAGGACUUCAAGCUCUACAAAUUUGACUACAGCACCAAGGAAGAGUUGGAGUCCUAUAAGGGUCACUUCGGUCCAGUGCACUGUGUUCGCUUCAGUCCAGAUGGCGAGCUGUACGCCAGCGGCUCCGAGGACGGCACGCUCCGCCUGUGGCAGACGGCCGUAGGGAAAACCUACGGCCUGUGGAAGUGUGUCCUUCCUGAGGACCUGGGGACGGAGAACUCUGAGCCGCUGUACACCGCGCCCCCCGAGAUCAAGGCAUGAGGGGAAAGCAGUGCUGAUGUGGAAAUAGGACGAGAAGAGAAAAGAACGACGGAAAAGGAGACCAGCGGAGGGGUGUUCCAGCGUUCUAUCUGGCCCCAGCAAGGAGCAGAGUCCAGACCACCUCCAUCCACCAGGAACUGAUGUGGAUGUAUUAUGACUGUCUGUCAUAGUCUAACCCGUCGCACACCUACACAGACACACAAAAGCGUAGCGGCUCCCACUGAUUUUAGGCGGUCACAUGGACAGGACGAGCUGCAGAGUAAAGCAGUAGAGCUGUGAGUGUCGGCUCACGGCUGCCUGCUUUCUCUCUGAUUAGCUCAGUUCUGUCUGUCUGCUUCAACUUGUUUUAACCUAACGCCUUAAACCCAACCCCUCAAUCAGCUGUUGUUAAGAGAGGUUUGGGUUUCAAAAAUUUAAGAUAUUUAAAGAGCUCGACCAAGGCUUUUUUUCAGUUCAUAGUUACAAGAAUACGAUAGGUAGGUUGCACAGUUUGUGCGAAAGUAAGGCGCUUUCAUUUCCUCAAAAAAACAUUGCUUUUGGGUACCCGCUGCUUUUGUAAUGUGACUGGUUGAGUCUGAAGUAAGUGUGCAAAUUAAAGAAAAUAUUGUUUUGUGACAAAGCAGAAAGGGAAGAAAUGCUGCUCGGUUUUUUUUCUCCAUUUUUGGUUUCUGUCCUCAGUUAAAAGUCCAGUGAUUAAAUAAACAAAACGCAUUUCUGUUGGUUUGUAAAAGUAAUGCACUAAGACACAA